AUAGGUUUACAAGGGUGGUCAGCAAUAUAUACCGGCCGUUCCCAGCCCUCGCAAAAAUGGCGCACAUCUUCGCGCGAGCGAAAGUCUGAAAAGUCUUGGUGGUUUUGUUUUCUUUCUGUUUAGAAAACUACGCUUCGGUGUUCCUCCUCACGAUCUAGAGGCUAGUUGAGGCGGUUUUCCCCCCUCAACCCCCCACGCGAUCGCAAAGAUGGCUCUCCUCAGCUUCGUCACGUCGCAAAACUUUGAGAAGCUCAGUGUUCUCCUCCAAUGGAAGCUUCUCGUAUUGGCCGCGAUCCCCGUUGCUGUGGUAUACUACCUCAGACGGACGAAAACCACCCAGGGUAUCGACAUCAAGCAAUACUCUCACUUCCCGCAGCCUGAAGAGGCUGACCCAGUGAGGGGCCAUUGGCCGUGGAUUGAGAAGUCCGCCGGUCUGGGUGAUCCUAGAAGGGCUUUUGACGAGAUUCUCUACGAACAGGCUGAGAAGCUUGGAUUUCCUCCCGUUCUAUUGGUGGACUGGCGCCCGAUCGAAAAGUUCCUUAUUCUUUUCAUCCUCGACAAUGAGGUUGCCGAACAAGUCACCAAGCCCUCGAAGCAGUACAGUACUAGCGUGCCGAAGCACCCCGCCAUCCAGCAUCUGGCCCCCCUGGUCGGCGCACGAUCUCUCGUAACGACGGAUGGUGAGGAAUGGAAGGGUCUGCGAAAGAGAAUUCUUCCCGGUUUUGCGCCGUCACAUCUUCUUGGUCUCGUCAAGGUCAUCUUGGACAAGUCGGAAACUUUCAUCGAGCUCAUGGAGCAGAAGGCCGCCACUGGCGAAGAAUUUACCAUCGACGAGUACACCACUAACCUGGCCUUCGACGUUAUCGGCAUUGUCACUUUUGAUAUGGAUCUCAAUGCUCAAAUCGAGGGCAAGCAGAGCGAGGUGCUACUUACAUACCGCGCCUUGUCACAAGCCUUCAACAAGCGUAUCCCCGGCAAGAACUGGAUGCGUGAAUACUUCACCGAGAACGAACGCACCCUCAGACGCUUGGACAAGAAGCUCGACGGCAUCCUCAAGGAAGAGAUCAAGAAGCAGCACAAGGAGCUCCUGGCCGGUGCCGACACCGCAUCCCGCAGUGUUGCUACCCUCAGUCUCCAGGGCAUCGACGUUCUGACCCCCGAGAUCCUCCAACAGACCAGCGACACCCUCCGCGGUUUUCUCUUUGCCGGCCACGACACAACGAGUAUUCUUCUGCAAUGGUGCUUUUACGAGCUUCACAGACGGCCUCAGUCCGCCAAGGAUCUGAAGGAUGAGCUUGACGAGGUCUUUGGCCCGGAUCAGAGCCCCAAGUCUGUCAUUGAGCAACUCAAGAGCCCCGAAGCUGGAAAGCUUCUCGCCCGCCUGCCUUGUAAGUUCAAGAUCUUUUCCACGUCAUUUCUACCCUCGGAGCAGCUAGCUGACCGCCGCGCAGACACCGACGCAGUGAUCAAGGAAGCCUUGCGCCUGCACCCUCCCGGAACAACAGCCCGCGUUGCGCCCCAGGGAUCCGGCACGACCCUGACCCUCCCCAACGGACAAAAGCUGGUCGUCGACGACCUCUGCGUUACCCCCAGAGCCUACAUCAUUCAGCGCCACCCCAAGAUCUUUGGCGAGACCAAGGACGACUUCAUGCCCGAGCGGUGGCUCGGCGAGGAGGGCGCCAAGAUCCCAGACAGCUGCUUCAGGCCCUACGAGAGAGGACCUCGUCGGUGCACCGGAUCCGAGCUCGCCAACUUGGAAGUGCGCAUCAUCUUGGCCUGCAUCGCGAGAUACUUUGAGUUUGUCAAGGUCGGGCAGGGUGAGCUUGACCUGGAUGAGAAGGGACAGCCCCAGCUUGACGAGAAGGGUUUCUACAAGACAAAGUCUGUCAUGUUCUCUACUCACUUGGUUACUGCUAAGCCUGUCGAUGGCAUGAAGGUGAAGGUCCAGAUCAAGGGACAACAAGCGUAAUCUUCCUCACAUGAUACCACCACGAAUGAACAAAAUGCAUCAGCAUACGAUAACUCGACGGUCCGACGCGUUUGUCUAGACACGGCUGGUGGGGGGGAUCUGGGGCCGCAGCGCCCCAUUUCAAGCCCCAUCUACUCUGUAUGAUAGAGAAUGCUUGACCCUGACGACGAUAUGCUGGAUGCGAUGAAUGUAUAUAACCAUUAGUGUGUUUAUGGUUUUUCUGGAAGAAUGCUUGACUGG